UAGCCACGCGAUGAAGCCAGGGGGUGGCCGCACGCCCAGGACACUGCUCGCACAUUCAAGGUGCCUUCUGCACCUCGACCGGGGCCUGAAGCCUUUCACCAGCCUUUGGGACUGCCUCCUGCAGGAGCUCGACAGGCCCAGGCAGUGGCUGCCGGUGCCAUCCGUGGGUGUCCCAGCCAACCCGGGAGAGACGACCCCUUUCUAGGUUCUGAGCUGGCAGGGAAGCUUGGUCGGAGUUCCAGCAAGAGAGCAGCAACCCGAGAGGCGAGCACCGAGGGGCCGAGGAGAUGGAAGAACAGGUGUUCAAAGGGGACCCAGACACCCCUCAUUCCAUCUCCUUCUCUGGUAGUGGAUUUCUCUCCUUCUACCAGGCCGGGGCUGUGGAUGCCUUCCGAGACUUGGCCCCCCGGAUGCUGGAAACCACCCAUCGCUUUGCUGGGACAUCGGCAGGUGCAGUGAUCGCUGCUCUGGUCAUCUGCGGAAUUGAAAUGGAUGAGUACCUCAGAGUCCUCAACGUCGGUGUCGCAGAAGUGAAGAAAUCCUUCCUGGGGCCCUUGUCGCCAUCCUGCAAGAUGGUGCAGAUGAUGCGACAGUUUCUGUACAGGGUCCUGCCGGAGGACUCCUACAAGGCCGCCACAGGGAAGCUCCACGUGUCCCUAACCCGGUUCACAGAUGGAGAGAGUGUCGUGGUUUCAGAGUACACAUCCAAGGAAGAGCUCAUUGAGGCCCUCUACUGCGGCUGCUUUGUCCCUGUGUACUGUGGUCUCAUCCCCCCAACUUACCGUGGCGUGCGUUACAUCGACGGGGGCUUCACGGGCAUGCAGCCCUGCUCUUUCUGGACCGAUGCCAUUACCAUCUCCACCUUCAGCGGGCAGCAAGACAUCUGCCCCCGGGACUGCCCUGCCAUCUUCCAUGACUUCCGCAUGUUCAACUGCUCCUUCCAGUUCUCCCUGGAGAACAUCGCCAGGAUGACCCAUGCCCUGUUCCCGCCGGACCUACUGAUCCUGCACAACUAUUACUACCGAGGUUAUGAAGACACCGUUUCUUAUUUGAGGCGACUGAAUGCUGCUUACCUCAAUUCUCCCUCCAAGAGAGUGAUGUUCCCCCGUGUGGAAGUAUACAGCAAUAUAGAACUUGCCCUUGGCAGUGAGUGCCCUGAACGCAGUCAAUCAAGCCUCCAAACAGAGCAAGAAGAAUCCAUACAACCUCACACACAGUGGGCUCCUGAAAGGGAAGGAAAGAGCUGCCACAGUCCACUUGUGUCCUCACCUGUGCAGACACCUGAAUCCACACAUGAGUGGCCUGUAGAAUCACCUGUUUCACCACUUGUCUCUUCAUUUGAGCAGUCACAUGCAUCUCCACUGGCCUCCUCACCAUCACAUUCUCCAGCUGACUUGCCCCCUGUAUCACUCCCAGCUGUGCCCUUAACACUCAGCUCCACACCUGCACUGUCUCAUAUAUCACCACCACAGCAGAGGGUACAAAUGACUGGAUCACCGCCAAGAUCCCCACCCUCCCAGUCAUCUCUGUCACUCAGGCCAUCCCUGGGGUCUUCAUCUAUGGGGACAUCUCAAACACUGCCCCUGUGUUCUCCUUCAGUGUCACCUGCACAGCCACCUGUGGAGGAACUGGGCCCAGAACAGUCCCAAGCUCCUCUUGCCUCUUCAAAUCUGAAAGAUGCCAUGCCUUUGGUUAAUGUGAAGAAAGCCACCAGCAAGCCUCACAUAAUGGGGAACCCUGCUGAAGACUCCAAUUGGAUGAGCAAGAUGUUUAAGAAGAACAAACAAAAGACAAAUAGCACCAGAAUAAGCUUCCCAAGACAUCCACGAUCCAAAAAAACAGGCGGCAAAGUGCAGUCUGCUCCCUGCCCACUCGACUUCUCUCUUCUCUCCACUUCGGAGACAGUUUGGGUCACCUACAGGCCUCACCCCAGCUGGAUCCAGGAAUACAGCGACCCUGAGGAAGCUGUGAACCAAGAGAGAACUUGAGCUGGAGUGGGAGAGAAUGUGAUGACCCCAAGGUAGAGCCUUCUCCGCAAGGCUCUCAGAUGCAUCCUCCUUACCCUAGGCCUUUUGGGGACCAGGUGUUGCCCACUACCAAGCCUGUUGGUGUGGAGGUCCUGCUUCCCUUGGGCAAGCACCUCUUUGCCUAGACAUCCUCUCAGCUUCUCAGUGGACCUCCGGCCCUUCCACUACUCUGCUCUGGACAGACAGAUGGACACCAGCAUGGAUGGGCUCUGAAGAGCCCACAGUAUUUCCUCCUCCUGGCUGGCUGAGCUCUGGGCCUUCCUUCCUCUUCUUUGAGAGGGACUGCAUCCAUCCUGGCAUCCCAGGAUCUAGUCUCCAGGUUGAACACUUGGUGGGGGGGCAGUGCACUUUCCUCUCUUGUGUGGUGUCAAGAGACCAAGUUCUUUUGUUUUGUUU